AUGACAGUGGUCGAUGCGAUGGAGGGAGGAUGGGGCGAGGGGAGGCUGAGGAGGCGAUGCAUGCUGCUGGGGAUGAAGGCAGAGCGGUCAGUUGACAGAAGACUCUACUUCAUCCAGGGCGAGCUCCUCCACCGAUCCUUCGUGCUACGGGAGCCCUUGUGGGUGGGGAUGACUUUGAGAGUCUGCCUACACAACAGGGACGAGCCAAGGGGGACAGGUAGUAGCGAGGAGGUAGGAGAAGUGACGUCUCAGCUUGCGGAUGACGUUGAGUGGGAUGAGUGGGACUUGCAGUGGGAGGUGGGCGAUGGGAGCGCUCGCUGCAUCAAGGAGAUAUGGAAGCUGCCGUCCUCAGUUCAUCUUGCGCGAGAGGGUAGCCUGAGUCAGGCCGCAUUGAUGGCGGAGCGAGAAGUCAUGACCCAUGUCGCUGCUCUUCAUCACUCGCCAACGCUCCUUCCCCUCGUGCGGCAGAGAAUCUCCUUCCUCCUGAACGCUGCUGCUCUCGAGGUGUCCGAAGAGAGCCUGGAUGAAAGUGUCCCUCUGCUGCUGCGCGCGGAGGAGCUGACGAGACACUCGAGCGGGAAGGACAGUUGCUGUCUCUGUGAGCAAAGGACUUCCAGGAGAAGGAAGACCACCACCUGCAGGAGGACGCGAUUGAGGAUCUGGACGCUUGUGAACCUGGCGGACAUUUUUAGGAGGAAGGGACUGCUGGCAUCGUCCAAGAAGCACCUGCAGCAGGCAGUGGAGAUGACGAUCGAGUCAGGAGAAGGAAAGAUCUGCUCCUGCCUCCCCUCCGACCGUGCCUCUGUCUUGAUCAACCAGGCCUCGUUGCUGAUCACGAUGAGAAACUACGAGGACGCUCUCCGCUGCUGCGAGAAGGCGCUCUACGACCUCAAGGCCGAGUGGCUCUGGGCCAAGGGCUCGCUGCUGAUUCUUGGACAAGAAGACCUGCAAGUUCCUGAGAGCGUGAAGCCAACGCUCGACCUGACGAUCCUGACGGACCUGACCGUCUGCAUGUACAACGCGGGAAUAUGCCACGAGCAGCUCUUCCUCCCAGACGAAGCACUGCAGAACUUCUCCUACUGUCUUGCUCUGCUGCGGAUGCUGCCGAGGUGGCAUCCCUUCAAGGACUACCUGGAGAAAGUUCUUCCGGGAAAGGAGGCGAUCGCAACGCAGAUGCGAAGGCUGCAGGAGCAGCGACUUUCUCGUACGCCUGAGAAGCAGGCAAAGAAAUCCUCAAGGCUCGUGCAUUUCCAGGAGGAGCAAGCAGCAGCCGACUUCAUCGACGUCGUGAAGGACGCGAGCUCGUAUGAAGGCGGGCCGCACCGGAUGGAGCUGAUGAGGACUUGCUCUCUUGGCACUGCGACUUGUCCUCGCCCAUGCCCUUCGAUCGCUCAUCCGUUCCCAUCAAGACGACUAGGACGCGACCAGGACAGCCCCGUCGUCGGCCGCAGGAGGAAGGAGAAGGAAGGGGAAGAUUGCAGGGAGGAACGGGGGGGAGGAAAGGAGGAGGGGAGAGGAGUACAGCAGGCGGCGGGUAGAGCACAGAAGGAAAGGAGGGGAGUGCUGGGGAAGGAAGAUGAAGGCAAGAAAGCGUCAGGAGAGCAAGAGCAUACAACAGGCAAGGGGAUGGUGGAGCAGCGGGUGAACGGACAAGUGGAGGAAGAGGAAGAGGAGGAGGAGGAGGAGGAGGAGGAGCAGCAGCAGCAGCAGACAGGGGAAGAAAUUGAUGUCGACUAUGUCGAGCAGGGGGACGCUGGAGAUGAGGACAAGUACUUGCGCAGCAGUGAACAUCGGCAUAUGUCGCCGAGGGUAACGAGGGGAGGGAUAGCAGAUAGAAGGAUCGAAGAACAGCUGGCGAGUAGCUCGCUGCUCCAUGGAGCCGCCGCCAUAAUUCAGUGCUCUUACCGCACGCAUCGCGCGCGAGUUGAGACGCGGUGGAUCUUCUGGAUGAAGUUUGCAUGCAAGAUCCAGGUUGACUCUUUUUGCACAUCUCCUGUCAACUCUCUAACCUUUUGCUUCUUCUGCAUCCCCUCCUUCUUACCUGCUCUCCUCGACCUCGACCUUCUCCUCCUCCCUCAGGCUGCGUACAGGUGCCACGUAGCUCGACUAGAGCUUCACAGGAUGAGUCUCAGCCGCCGAGCGACACCAGCUGAGACCUCGCGGCCAGUCUCAGGGACCGUCCGGCUGCUCCGGGAGUUGACCAGGAGGAAGCGACAGCUCGAGCAUCUGAGGGCCCUGCAGGAGCCUGAGGGGGAGCCUGAUAUUCUGAUAUGCCAGUGA